AUCAUUUCGCAUCUCUGCCAUCUCAGCAUCUGUGGACUCCAAGAUAAGAAAUAUAAAUACGAAUGCUUCAUUUUUAAUAGAAACAGUAUAUAAUCACGAUGAUUACUAUUAUCCUGUUAUUGUGUAUUUUAUCAAACGUUUUUGUCAUAGGAUUUUGCCGUGAAUAUAAAGUGUACUAUGAUGUUUAUGAUUAUGGCAAACUGGCGGAAACAAAGUUUCUGAUAAGUCAUAACAUCAUCAAAAGAUCCGCAUUUGGUGCUAAUUUAUCGUCAACUGCCAGUCCAUCCACCUCUGUAAAAACAACACAGAAUACCACGAAUCCAAAAACAUCAUAUGCUACUGCAAGUACAAAACUACCAACUCGCCAGCCCUUUCUUAACACGACCGGUCAGCCUUCUUCGAGUACAACUGGUCAAGCUAAAACAAACCACUCUACAACUGCAAAUAGAAAAACAAAUCGUCCCUCAAUACCUUGGACGACUACACCUAGAAACAAUGGUACAACACAAAUGCCAGUCAACUACACUAAUGGAACGAAUACAACCUUUUCUCAGGAUAACCACAGAUAUUUUACAUCGCGUUAUUUUUCAUCUGGUGGAAGAUGGUGGUUCGACGUGAACGACGGUAGUGCACAACCAAAGCUACAAGUUCACUUAACGAAGAAUUUGCGGUAUUCUGAGACCAUCAAAACCUCAUUCACAUUCCCUUACUAUGGACAUGAAAUUAAUAAAAUCACUAUCACAAAUAAAGGAUACUUGUUUUUGGGUGAGGAAAUGCACAAGUUUAAUGCAUCAAUGCAAUAUGUUGCGCCACUUAUGGCGGAUUUUGGCGCUCAUCUUCAUAAUGAGACCUCUAUACAUUAUGUUGACACAGGUGAUCGUUUCACCGUGGAAUGGAAAAAUUUAAAGUUACAAAAUCAACAAGCGGGUACAUUUUCCUUCCAAUGCUCUGUUCUGAAGAAUGGUACAAUAAUUUUUGCUUAUAAAAAUAUCCCUGUCGCUGUUAGUAAAAUAAAGAAUAACACUUUUCCUGUUCGUGUUGGUCUGUCUGAUAGCUAUGUUGUUCGUUAUGUACGUUAUGGAUUAUUCUUUAUAGAAGGAAAAUUCUACACGAGAAUUAUUUAUUACAUCUAUUAUCGAUACCAUCAAAUUAAGCUUGGAAAGGAACUAGCAAAAAGUGGAUCUGCUUUUGUUAUGACACCGUUACCAAAUUGCAUUAUGUACAAGUCUUGUGAUUCUUGCAUGAACAGCAAAACACAGUUUUCAUGUAGAUGGUGUCCUAAGAUAGGGAGAUGCUCUGAUGGAAUCGACCGCCACCGACAUGAUUGGCUCGUAUAUAGAUGCAAUCGAUACAGUGUAACAAAGUGUCGUGCGAUUGGAACUGUCAAACCUAAGAGCUCAAUCGUGAGAACUGUCAAACCUAAGAGCUCAAAUUCGUCAAAACAGCCGAAAACUGAAAACAAUAUUAAUGGAAACAGGGCGAAUCAGAAGACAAAAUCCCGCGGUGGUGGUCGUAAGUCAGGCAAACGUGCUGGUGCAGCUGUUGCGAUUGUGAUUACUGCUCUCAUUUGUAUCGUGAUUGCUUGCUGGAUUGCGUAUGCCUAUACUCAUCCACUGUCGAAAUCUGGCAUGUUUUUGAUGCAGUACGGAAACCCAAGAAAAUGGUUUAACAAUUCUGGGAGUGGGUCAACCGGUGGUGGAAAGAUCACAUUCAAAUCAAUGCCUCAUGAAAGCACUGCUUAAAUACUGUUAUUCCAUGUAAUUAUUAUUAUACUUCUAUAUGAUAUCUCCAUUCAUGUUGUCGUUGUCUAUAGUAGAGUUUAUGCUUUGUCAGUUCCAUGAGCCCUCACUAUUAUCAGUAGGCUAUUUAAUUCGCGAUGUGAAUAUUGAUGAAUAAGAUAACAAGUUUUUUUUGAUAAAUAAAUUGUAAUCAUGUAAAUGGACACAUAUUAAAAAUCUCCACGGACUUUUAAUCCGUACAAUAUUUGUAGACAUUACAGAACACAGGUUAAAAAAUAUACACCUACAAAAUUAGUCAACCAUUUUGAGCAUUAGAUGUUGCAAACUUGUAAUAUUUUCCCGAUGAGAUCUCUUCAUCUUCAUUAUACAAUUCUGAGAGUGAUCUCUUGAUAAUAUGAAGAAUUAUCUCAGGCUCAUAUUUAUCUACCGAUAAUUCAUUGACAGGGAGACUAUCAAAGAUUGUACUAUCUAAGAUGUAAUUUACUGUAAUAUUUAAAAUUGUAAUAAAAUA